ACCACGGAUGCUUUGCAUGUGGAAUGGAAAAUGGAUUCAGAGUUUAUAAUGCAGAUCCUCUCAAAGAAAAAGAGAAACAAGAAUUUCUAGAAGGAGGCGUUGGCCAUGUUGAAAUGUUGUUUCGGUGUAACUAUUUAGCAUUAGUUGGUGGAGGAAAAAAGCCAAAAUAUCCACCUAACAAAGUGAUGAUCUGGGAUGAUCUGAAAAAGAAGACAGUUAUUGAAAUAGAAUUUUCAACAGAAGUUAAAGCAGUUAAAUUGCGAAGAGAUAGAAUUGUGGUAGUUUUGGACUCCAUGAUUAAAGUUUUCACAUUCACACACAAUCCCCACCAGUUGCAUGUUUUUGAAACCUGCUACAACCCUAAAGGUCUCUGUGUCCUUUGUCCAAAUAGUAAUAAUUCCCUUCUUGCAUUCCCUGGAACACAUACCGGGCAUGUGCAGAUAGUGGAUCUGGCUAAUACAGAAAAGCCUCCUGUAGACAUACCAGCUCAUGAAGGAGUCUUGAGCUGUAUAGCUUUAAACCUGCAGGGAACAAGAAUUGCAACAGCAUCAGAAAAAGGGACUCUCAUAAGAAUAUUUGAUACUUCAUCGGGGCAUUUAAUCCAGGAGUUACGAAGAGGUUCACAAGCAGCUAAUAUCUACUGCAUUAACUUCAAUCAGGAUGCUUCCCUAAUUUGUGUAUCAAGUGACCAUGGCACAGUGCAUAUUUUUGCUGCAGAAGACCCCAAAAGGAACAAGCAGUCUAGUUUGGCCUCAGCCAGCUUCCUUCCCAAAUACUUCAGUUCCAAAUGGAGCUUUUCCAAAUUCCAGGUUCCCUCAGGCUCUCCAUGCAUUUGUGCCUUUGGAACAGAGCCGAAUGCUGUCAUAGCAAUAUGUGCAGAUGGUAGCUACUACAAAUUCUUAUUCAACCAAAAAGGGGAAUGCUCAAGGGAUGUCUAUGCUCAAUUUCUAGAAAUGACUGAUGACAAGCUUUGACUAAACUGAGGAAGAAAGGUGUUUUGGUCAAAGUACUGCCUUGGUUAUUCUGCUGCUUUAGAAGGACUGGGUAUGUAUGUCCCAUACUGAUCAAGAUGUGUAACCAACCUCAUUGAGAAGCUUGGCCCAACAUGAGCAGAACAAGUACUGAUGUAGAGGACUUCUGCCUAUGUUAAACUCAUGUUUUUUCAAUAUCAGAAAAAUUGGGUUUCUGUCAACUCUUCAGUCUUCAAGAAAUGGCUUUCAACAGCUUGUGCCUACAGGGGGUGUGUUUUUUGUUUUUUUUAGUUAAACUGUGAAAUUGGAGUGCAGAUCAGUGCCUGUCACACAUCUGAGGUGUUUUGUACGAACUUCAGGCAAGGAUGUGAAUUUAUUUCAGGCAUCAUAUUACAUCACUUCACUGAACCUCUGUGGGGGCAGGAAAUAACUGUAAAUACUAGGUAACUAGAAUAGUUAUACCAGCAGCUUGCCUUAGAACAGGAAGGAUUUAUUUGCCUUUUCACACACCUUAACCUGCAGAAGGAGAGGGGACACAGGUUGCUAUAAUAAACCCAAUCUGAACUGCACUUACCUUUUGGUCUGGAGUGUGGUGCAAUUGUCUUGUGGCCAUAAAUUGAUAAC